UUCAAGUGCGGAGCCAUCUCAUCAGCCCACUUUUUUUUUUUUUUUUCAGUGUGGUAAGAGUAAGCACAUCAGCGGUGGUGCACGCUUUUAAUCCCAGCACUCUGACACCCAGCACUGUCAGAGGCUGGUGGAUCUCUAUGAGUUCGAGGCCAGCCUGGUCUACAGAGUGAGUUCCAGGACAGGCACCAAAACUACACAGAGAAACCCUGUCUCGGGAAAAAUAAAAAGAGUUAAGUACACCUUGCCCUACCGCAGGGGGUUGCCUCUUUGGAAUUUAACUCCUUCCUCGGAAACUUACUGAGAACGUCCCCUCUACCGAGGACCCGGUCCUCAUCUCCACACUCCAGGUCCCGCAUCAGCAUGGGGACUACUUGCCCUUUAAGGAGCUCCGCCCCAUAGCGAGCAGCCAAUCGCCUCCGAUUGGUCCCGAGCGCGUCCAAGCGCAGCCGAACUUGACGCACCCGCCCGCAACCUGCCCGACGCACCUCCCACGCGGCUCCGCAGCUUCUCAGCCAAUCACCGCCGGGCGCGCCGAGACUAAUCUGCAUGACCCCGCCCCUCGUGGAGUUCUUGGCCAAUUGGAGCGCUGUGCUUGGCCUCAUUAGCAUAUGGGCGGGGCUGCCGCGGGCGGCUUGGUUGGAGCGUCGCCGCAUCCCGGGUCCCGGGAAAGUUUUUUCGGAGGUCCCGCCCAGAGAGGCCAUGUCCCACGGCCCCCGGCAGCCAGGCGGGGCCACCGCGCCUGCGGGAAGCAAGACUCCAGGCCAGCACGGGGCCUUCGUAGUGGCUGUCAAACAAGAGCGCAGCGAGGGCGCCCGUGCGGGAGAGAAGGGGUCCCAGGAGGAGGAGCCCGUGAAGAAGAGAGGCUGGCCGAAAGGCAAGAAGAGAAAGAAGGUUCUCCCCAAUGGGCCCAAGGCCCCCGUCACCGGCUACGUUCGCUUUCUCAACGAGCGGCGGGAGCAGAUUCGCACCCGCCACCCAGACCUGCCUUUUCCGGAGAUCACCAAGAUGCUGGGCGCCGAGUGGAGCAAGCUGCAGCCGGCAGAGAAGCAGCGGUACCUGGACGAGGCGGAAAAGGAGAAACAGCAAUACUUGAAGGAGCUGUGGGCGUACCAGCAGUCGGAGGCCUACAAGGUCUGCACAGAGAAGAUCCAAGAAAACAAAAUUAAAAAAGAGGACUCCGGCUCUGGGCUCAUGAACACGCUCCUGAAUGGGCACAAGGGUGUGGACUGUGAUGGCUUUUCCACAUUCGAUGUUCCCAUCUUCACUGAAGAGUUUCUGGACCAAAACAAAGCCCGCGAGGCGGAGUUGCGGCGCCUGCGGAAGAUGAACGUGGCCUUCGAGGAGCAGAACGCGGUGCUGCAGCGCCACACGCAGAGCAUGAGCAGCGCACGCGAGCGUCUGGAGCAGGAGCUGGCCUUGGAGGAGCGGCGCACGCUGGCGCUGCAGCAGCAACUGCAGGCCGUGAGGCAGGCGCUCACGGCCAGCUUCGCCUCCCUGCCGGUGCCCGGCACCGGGGAGACGCCGACGCUCGGGACUCUGGACUUCUACAUGGCGCGGCUGCACGGAGCCAUCGAGCGUGACCCCCGCGCAGCACGAGAGACUGAUCGCGCGCGUCAAGGAGAUCCUGGCGCGGGUGGCCAGCGAGCACCUGUGACAGGCCUCUGGGACCGGCGGACGCCCCUCCCACCCACCCAGGAGGAAGCUGGGGUCCCCGACGGGGCCGCGCCCGGUGCUGCACCCUGGGAUCUCCAGACCUGACCCCCAGUGAAAUCUCAGCGGCAUCCCUUUAGCUUCGAACCCUAGGCUCCCAGGUGGCAGAGCCGAGCGAGACCUGCCUGCCUCGCGGGGAGGGUCACCCAACAGCGGGAGAGGAACAGGAGACACCCCACCCGGUGCAGAGCGCGACUCCGGGGCGCUCACCCAGGGCCCGGGGACCCACUGCGCAGGCGCGGGGAGCCAUGGCAGCGUCGGGGAGGCUGAGUACAGCCCCCACCCCCAGCGCCUCCCUUCACUCAGUCCGGACUUUUAAAUAAAUGUUCCAUGAAAACAA